CCUACCCAACCUUGCUUGACAACAAACGUGCAUGUGUGAAUAUUAAAUUUGACAAACAAAACAAUGUUUCAAAUAUUUAAUUGUUAUCAAUAAUAUAUAUUUUUAUUAAGUUGAACAAUUUAAAGAAAUAAAAUGCCUCCAAAACCAAAAAAGUCACCUGCAAAAGUAGAGCAAAAUGCAAAAGCUCUAAGCAGUACUCUAAGUACAAUAUCCUCAGAAUCAACAAGAAGUGGACUUACAAUUGAGGCUGAGGAUAGAUUUGAAGUAGAGCUACUUUGGUGUAUUCAACAAUUACAAACACUGCUAAUUGAUGGAAAAAUGUCUGACAAACAAUUAUAUAUUGCCAGCAAAAAUCUCAAUACUCUAAAAAGUAAUUCAGCCUCAUUGAUAAAAAAACGUCAAAUUAUGCGAAAUACAUUUGGUGAUUAUAGAGCAAAAAUGUCAGAAGAUGAGAAAAAGUACAAAAAAUCAAAUUCAACGAUAAAAUUCACGUCUCCAGCGUCAACAAAUAAAAGUUCGACAUUUUUAAAAAAAUCACAUUUAAAGCCUUGUUUGGAUUCUAAAAUAGAAGUAGUUGAAUUGGAGAAAAAACCAACCAAUUCACCAAGUAGUUUAUUUAAUUCCGAUGUAUCGAAUGAACCGUUUAAAUUCAAUUUUGUUCAACCAGAAGAUUAAUAAUAAAGAUUUUUAUAUAAAAAAAAAA